AUUUGUGACUAAAAACUGGUGAAACGCUUCAUUGGAUCGGACAGCAACGGAAUAGUUAACAUGCUGGGGAGUUUCCUCGGCUGGGAAGUUGUACUUUAUGUGUAGCACCUGUUGUGCCGUCAGUUGGCAGUCUCCAAAAACCCAACCCUCGGCGCGCAGCGAUAUUUUAUCUCAGUCUCCUCAAAGUUAUGACUCGAGACUUCGCCAGAAAACAGAACUCGUCUCAGUGUUGCGAAUGAUUUCUGGGCACAGACCAUAUCAGGUUGCUGGACUCCCUCACCGCGUGUGAGCUUUUGCUGUAAUGCGUAAAGAUCUGCGGGGAUUUAUUCAGUGGGAGUCAAAAACGCACCGUGGACGCGCGCACCAGCCAAAAUGCAUCUGUGCCUCUCUAAUGACCUCGUAGUGUAGCUGACAUGCCUGCAAAACGAUGCUUUUACAACUAAAUCCAGGAUUAUAAUUACUUAAAGCCAAACUUUGUCCAACUUUCCACGGAACCAACAGGUGCGUCUUUGCAUUGCGCAGAAGCGGCUGAUCUGGAAGCUCUGGAGGAGGAUUUGUGUUGAUUUAGGGUGAAAUAAAUUUCGUUUACGCCAGACGGACUGAUGAUUAAGAUUAUGUGGAUUCUACUCUACGUUUAUCCUCUCCAAAUGUGUCCGAAACAGCACCGCUGUCCUGUAAACGGCGCAUGUGUGUGGUGAUACAAACCAUCCCGUCUACAGCGCUUUGUGAUCGCCAACCACCACUCAUCCAAAUGAUCCUUCCAUUAUUAUUCCUUCUUGCAUCGCUUCUCCAACAAUAUGGCUCGGAAGCUGAAUCAAGUCUUGUCGGCAAAUUUCACCCUCCAGGUGUAAAGGAACAAAACGGUGUUCAAGAUUCCCAUCAGGAGAAGGUCAUAACAGUGUCUGGAGAGGGAAUGGUUCAGAGCCCAGACUUCCCACACUCUUAUCCCAGGAGUACCGUUUUGGUCUGGAGACUAGUGGCGACCGGUAACAUGAAGAUCCAGCUCACCUUUGAUGAAAGGUUUGGUCUGGAAGACCCUGAAGACGGCAUAUGCAAGUAUGACUUUGUGGAGAUAGAGGAUCUGACUGAAAAGACCAUCCUGGGUCGCUGGUGUGGGUCGCAGUCGGCACCAGCUAGUCACACCUCCAAAGGCAGUCAGAUCAGGAUCCGUUUCAUCUCUGAUGAGUAUUUUCCCUCUGAGCCGGGAUUCUGCAUCCGCUACUCCCUUCUGCCUGUGAGUGUGUCAGAGCCAGAAGUCCCUGUGAUUCUCCCCCCAACCCUGCAGGGUAUUGAGGAGUUGUCAGAGGCUGUGGCAGGGCUCAGCACCGUAGAGGAAGUCAUGAAGUACCUGGAGCCGGAGCGAUGGCAAGUGGAUAUGGAAGAGUUGUACAAACCUACAUGGCAUGUGCUUGGGAAAUCAUUCAUCCUCAAUAAAAAAGCCAGAGGAGGAGCUGAUCUCAAUCUGUUGAGGGAGGAAGUUCGACUUUACAGUUGCACUCCACGCAACUUUUCCGUAUCCUUGCGUGAGGAGCUGAAGAGGACGGAUGCCAUUUUCUGGCCAAGCUGCCUCCUGGUGAAGCGCUGUGGUGGAAACUGCACCUGCUGCUCUCACCGCUGCUAUGACUGCCAGUGUGUUCCUGUCAGGGUCGUAAAGAAAUACCAUGAGGUUCUACUGCUGAAACACCGAAGCGGUGGCAGAGGUCUACAGAAAUCCAUGACUGAUGUGCCCUUGGAGCACCAUGAGGAGUGUGCUUGUGUGUGUAAAGAUGAACGGGACUGACCUUCAACAUGUGUAAUAGCUGCCACUGCAAUGACACAGGAUGUUAGAAAUGAACCUCUGCCGCUGUUGCAAUGUUCUGUAUCUCGUCCACUUGCAAUGGAAGCUAACAAGAUUCUCCCUUUAUCCUGUUGUCCUUUCGCUAAUUGGAUUAAGCAGAACAGACUGGAAUCGAAUAAAUCUUCUGAAUGGAUUUGACUGCUGUGGAAUACCAAUAGUGUGCUCUGAGUGCAUUUUUAAGAAACAGAGAGACACUGAGGCAGAUCUGGACUGUUAGCUAUGUGCUCUGAAGACUAUAUUAUUGUGCUUCUCAGAGAUAAGAGCAUUGAGGCAGUUUUCCUCUUCUUCUUGAGGUCUGUUGUAAAGUUCAGCCAGCAUGGGCUGAUACUGUCAUGGAAAAUGGGAGACUCUUUGUUCAAGUACGUUCUUAUGUCUAGAAGUGAGCUGGCUCUGGCCUCCCUAUUUCUACCAUUAAGGCAGAGAAAGAUGCAUCAUGAACAGUUUUCCUUUCCUCCCCUUUUCUUUUACCACCAGAUUUAAUCCGUGGAGUACAGCAGCUGCAGUAUCACUGUCAUGCCUUGCUAAUAAGACUGUAUUAUGUGUAAAUAUGUCAUUUUUUUCUGUACUAUCAGGCCUUUCCUACCAAAAAUUCUCAAGGACACGAUAAAAGUUGCACAUGUAGAUUGAGUUGUUCAUUACAGCGCUUUGUUUUACUCAUCUCAGCAAUGUCAGAUCUGCUUGCUUCAUUUCUUCCUACAUUUGAGACUGUUCAUAUUAAAUAUUAAUUUGUUUAAUGAAAGCAAAACUGAGGUCCAAAAUGUUUUAUUGGCUACACGUGUCGUUGUACAGUAGCAUUAGCCAGUAAUUUUCAUUGUUAGUAAUUUUACAUUGAUAUUGUGUCAUGAAUAUUUUUCAUUUUCUGUAAGCCAAAGUUAUUUAUCUCUUCUUUUGGAACAAUUGUUUGUGUAUUUUUUUGUAGUGAACAUCAAAAAUAAAUUCUUCCAUUUCUAA